GCUGGGUAUAUCCACCUGCCCAAUCGAUUAUUAACCUUUUCAAACAAAAAUCUCUACACGGACUUGUACAUGUCCAGGAUUUCACCGGAUGACGUUCGCUCGCCGUCAUUUCUUCACAAUCAUGCAACGCACUACGUAGUCAACGAUUCUCCGCGAUGUGAACAUCACAUUCGUGCAUUCUCGUGGGAUAAAUUUGUAAAAUAAUGGCUAGAGAGAGCAAGGAGUCCGUCGCGGAUCCUUGCCCUGUCAAGCCCCGCAGGAUUAGUCCGCAGAACGUGGUCCUGCGGCUUCGACGUAGGGAAACGAUGGGAUGCUCCUUUCCGGGGACACAUGUACAUUGCGCGAGACAAUUCUACCAAAAUGUGUUUCCCAAUUUUACUGUGAUGAACGUAGAGAAACCACCCUGUUUCCUUCGCAAAUUCAGCCCGGACGGGAGGUACUUAGUGGCGUUCAGCGCGGAUCAAACGUCGAUCGAGGUGUAUGAAUACCGCGGGGCGUCGGCUGCCGCAGACUUGUUGGCUGACUGCGAAGGCGAGUACACCGGCCACAAGAACGACGACUGUAGCUUUCACAUACGAAGUAAUAUCUUCGCGCGAUUUUUCAAGGUGAAGUGGAUUAUAAAUGUAGUAGAAAGCAACCAGCAAUUGAACAGAGAAUGCAGUCUUUUCACAGACGACGCUCGGUAUGUAAUCGUAGGUUCAGCCGCUCACAUCCCUGAGGAGUUGAGACCACACUUUUAUCAGAUUUACUCCAAUAAUGAGGCACUAACUCCAAAUCCUAGAUCUCCACUUGAGGAUUACAGUUUACAUCUAGUAGAUUUACGAGGUGGAAAGUUAUGUGACACUAGGCAUUUUAAAGUGGACAAAAUCUAUUUGUCACAUAAUCAAGGUCUGUAUUUGUAUAAGGAUAUACUAGCAGUCUUGUCUGUACAACACCAAACCAUACAUAUUUUUCAAAUUCUGGAUGGCAUGUUUAUAAAUGUCAGGACAAUAGGAAGGUUUUGUAUGGAAGAUGAUGCAUAUUUAGUUACAAGUGCUUUUCCUGGGAUUAAUUGUCGGCCGUUUAAGGAUGUUGCAAUAAAUAGUUUAAAACAUAGGUUAUUGGUAUAUUUAUAUAAAAGAGCAGAAUACAUAAGCUAUAUGACGAAAGAUCCAUAUGAAUUAAGAAGAUUCUUUCAAUAUUUUGAUCAGCUAAAUUCAUUACGAAUGUGGAAAAUGCAGCUGUUAGAUACAAACCAUAUUUUAGUAAGAUAUGCGAGUGAAGAAGUAGCGACUCUGCAAGCAAACGAACCAAAUGCACAGCCAGCUUUGUUAGUUGUUUAUAACAUGGUUACGGCAAAAAUUUUAGCAGCGUACGACAAUGCUUCGACUCAAUUGUUAACUCAAUUCGAAAAUUUUAGCGACUUUUUUAGAAACGCCAGAAUGAGCACGGAUUGUCAAUAUAUGUGUUCACCAUCUAAUAAUAUAUAUGCCAGAUUAUUACAGCAGAGAUUCAAGCAAACGAUAAUAAGUGCUAGAUAUGGAGGAGUUACCGAAGCCACAAAGAGACUGCUUGCACAGUUACCAAUCUGCGCGCAGUCCUAUUCUAGUUCUCCGUACCUCGAUUUAUCAUUAUUCUGUUAUGACGAUAAAUGGGUGUCUAUGAUGGAACGCCCUAAAGCAUGUGGGGAACAUCCAAUACGUUUUUAUGCACGUGACUCAGGUCUUUUAAAAUUUAGAAUGUAUGCUGGUAUGCUAGGACGAACAGCACCAACAGCUGCAAGACGAUUAGUCGCGUUCACGUUCCAUCCAACGGAUCCAUUUGCGAUUUCAGUGCAACGUACUAAUGCAGAAUAUAUUGUCAGUUUUCAUGUUAGGCAUGUCUAGAUCUUCCUUUUCUUGAUGCUUUAUCAAUGUAAAAUGAAUUUUUGUACAUUUGACAAAAAUUAUUAAGAUCUCUGCCAUAAAGUACAAAACGAACUUUACUUUUUGGACAAAACUUACAAUACGAUUAUAUGAAGAUAAA